UCUCGUUUUGAAACAAAUAAAAUUGGAGCAUCUUCUUCUCCUUUCUCUCUCUCUUACAUCUCUGUCUCUCUCUUGUCGAUUUCACUAAUUCGUGAGCUGACCUUUCUUCUUGGCAAUCUUACGCUCAACAAAAGAAGAAGAAAUAUUCUACAAAAAGGGAUGCAACCUACGAGCUCAAUGAAUAAAGAAUUCCUAAAGAAAUGGCAAAUGGGUCUUCAGAUAUUCCGUCCUUCGAUAGACAACACGAGCGUCUCCGAGCGAAAGAGAGCAAUAAAGCUCUCUGCAGACGUUGCAAUGGCGUCUCUAAGAAAAGGAACAACAUGUUGGAGCCGAGCCCUAAUCCAGAAAACCGCCUCCGAGGACAAUUUCCUCGUACGUCAAAUGCUCUCUGGCAUCAAAGAGGAAACGUUAAUCAACAAAAAGUUACCUAAAGUUAUGUGUCAUAGAAAGAUCGUGAGAAGAAGCAAGAAGAUCUUGAUGAGGAGGAAGUCGAGAUCAGCGAUGGAAGAGGUCGCAGCAAAAGCAAAGAAGCUCGUCAAGAGAAAGACUCAAGGGUUAAGAAACGCUGUCCCUGGUGGAGAGUUUAUGAGCAAUAAUGUCUUGUUGAUUCAAGAAACGUUAGAUUACAUUGUUUCACUUCAGACACAAGUGAAUGUGAUGAGAAGUAUUGUUGACGCUGCUGCGGCUGGAAUUGAACGGUAAAUGGCUCUUUUUUGCACGACAUUAUUUGUGAAAUCAUGAUCUACAUCGGAUGAGAUCAUUGUUGGUCGAUAGGACCAUAUAUUGGACAUGGAAAAUGUCUUACGAUAAUAAGUUGUAUUUGUACAUAUCUUCAACAAAAAAAAAGUUGUAUUUGUACGUACGAAAAUUUAUAUACGCUUAUAGGAGAGUUAAUUUCAUUUA